AUGGCCAUCAGAACAUCAGGUAGCGGAAACCGGUUGGACAAGAAACCAAUUGGGCGAGCGGCUCAGACGAGGUCGCCGACUGAAAACUGCAAUCCUCACUUCCGGCACACACUGGGCGGUUUGGAGAGGUGCUGUGAAAACAUUGGAUACGCUUUGCCGCCGGCUAGUAACUGCAAGCACGGCACGAAAACGGCCAUGUCGGUCUGUUGGCAGAACGGCGACCAGUCAUCGACCUCAUCAAACCAGUCACAGAACCGACAAAGCCGCACCGUGCGACCAGUUGACAACGAACAUAAGAACGAGGCAUGA